UCUAUUUUGUUCUUUUUUUUCCUUCUUCUUUCGAUUUUGGUUCACAUAAAUUGAGAGAAGAUUUGCUCCUGCAGAUGCCUGAGUGAAUAAUCCCGAGAGAUCAAGAAAUGAAAUCGACGAAUUUCAGAAGGAGAAUUUGAUUUCGGUCUGAUUGAUGUUGGUGAGAUUUCGUCGACUGAGAUUUCAGAGGAAAUUAAGGUUUCGGUUGUAUUUGAUAUUCAAGAUGUGGAUCUGAGAUGUUCGAUUGAUGGAGAUUUGUAGUAAUAAAGCAAGGUAGAAGAUGGAGCUGGUGGUUCAGAUUGAAUUUGAGUUUAAUCUCAAUAUUGAAUUAGAACGAGAAGAAAUUGCUGCUAAUGGAAUGAAGAGAAGAAACAAGUUGGAGGAUGUGUUACUGCUCGAAUUAUGGAAUGGGUGUCGAUUUGAUGGAUCUGAGAUAAAAAUUAGGAAUUCUUGGGUUUGUUGUGAUGGUGGUUUUGAGGAAACUGCAAACUGUUGAUGCUGUGUGUUGGCUCAACGAGUGUUCAAGGAAUUUUGAAGCUAAUGAUGAUUAAUUUAAGAGCAACAAGAGCGCCUGAAGCUCAUACAUGACAAGUUCAAAGAGGAGAUAAACCAGCAUAUCCAAGACUGCAAGAACACACUCGAUGAUCUGCAAGCCUAUCAGAUUGAGUUAAAAAAAAUGCAGAGAAGCAAAGUAUGAAUAUCGACAUUUUAUUUUGUUUGAGGCAGUUAUGUGGAGUUGAGAACUUGAAUGCCGAGACUUGAGAAGUGAAUGAAAUUGGGAAUUUUUGCGACGAAGUAAACAAAUUCUAUGUUCGGUAAUGAAUUUGUUUUAUUUCGUUACUGAAUCCAUCAGUUUAUAUCGAUGCCGUUGAUGGGUAAUGAAUCUGUUUAAGUUCGGCUUGAAAUAGAGCUGGAGCAUGAACUCAAGAGAAGAAGGAUGAACAUCAAGAUGAGUCUGAAUUGCACGAGUCUGUAUGGUGCUGUGUAGUUUGUUUGAAUGAAGAAAGAGGAUCUGGAUUUUGAACUGCUUCCAUUAACUUUUGUCGAUGAAUGAUGGAAUGAGAUAUUCAAGGUCUGAGAGUUUACAAAGAAUUGGAGACUUGGGUUUGAAUUAGAUUUGUACUUGGCUUGGUUUAGAGACUGUCGGUGACUAGAGAUGUGGGUUUGUCUUGAAUUUACGAUUAACUGCAGGGAAGGAGGUAUGGGAAUGAUCAAGAUAAAACCAGUAGGUCAUAUCUACAUAACAAAUACAAUACACAACACACGUUUGUAAGUCCUGAAUGAACUGCGACUAGUUUCUUAAUGGAGGAGUUUGUAUGGUGAACUGUUGGGCGAGAAAGCCACAGAGAGUAGUUGUUGUUGUGUUGUCUCGAUGGGGAUUUGAAAUUGUUUGCAAUGGGAAGAAGGAGCAGCAAGGUGUUGGUGGUGGCUGUGCGCAAGAAGAUUGAGUUAAUGUGGUUGAAUUGUGGAUUGAUGGUCUGUGACCAGGAAGAUGCACAUGGAUUUAGGUACUGGUAGCUGUUGCAGUCAACAGUGAGAAAUGAGAUUAUAAAAAGUAGCAGCAGUAGGAAUGGGUGCAGCUGCAAUGGAGGCACUCAGUGAGAAAUUAGGGAUGCAGAUGGAUUUGCUGUGUUUCUGCAAUGGCCAAUGGGUUUGCUGGCAGUAAGAUACAGAGAAGAACUUGGGUGAUGUAGUGAAGGAGUUGAUGUAUCUGUUGCACCUAGAAGACGGAGGAACGAAGAAAACUCUGUUUGCGUCACCAACCUCUCAGAAGAUACUCGCGAGCCUGACUUGCUUGAGCUAUUCGGAACAUUUGGUGCUGUCAGUCAUGUUCAUGUUGCUGUAGACCAGAGGACUGGCAUUAGUCGAGGAUUUGGUUUUGUAAACUUUGUGAACAAGGAAGAUGUUGAGAGGGCGAUUCACAAUCUCAAUAGAAUACACUGCUGGUGAUUAUGAUUAUGAUUAUGAUGGUGAAUGUUUUUAUGAUGAUGAUGAUGAUGAGGUUGAAUGGAGUGAACUGUCCACGUCCGCGAGGGAUAUUGUGAAAAAAGCCAAAAUCUUAGAGGAUGAGAAGAAAAAAUCAGGCAUGACAGGAACAAGUCUGGAUACACAACCAAAUUUUCAUCAUCCCAGUUGUGAUGAAGAGAAAACUAACAUGGAUAUCGAAGAUGGAGCUUCAGAGGAGAAUAUAUCAACUGAGAGGAAGAAAAAGGAGAAGCGCAAGUCACAGGAGGAUAGGGCCGAAUCAGAGCAGAACGAUGGUAAUGAAAUUGCCAUUGAAGUGAAGAAGAAAAAGGAUUCCAUAAGCAAAAGUGAUGUUUAAGCAAGUUUGUUACAUGCUUUAGGAAAACGAAAAAGUAGGUUUAUUAUAUUAAUGUUCUAUAUUCCUUGUUGGUAAGUUAUUUAUAGGAGAGGUGUUUUAGCAAGUAUACUGCAUUGUGUGUGGUUAAGCAUUAAGCUUUUGUUGGUAAGCCAAUUGUGUGUGGUUUAGUAUUAAGCUUUUGUUGGUAUGCCAAUUGUAGAAUUGACCAUAUAUUAGUAUGUAUUUUGCAGCUAUACUUUCAUAUUUAA